CCUCAGUGUACUACUUGUCAGGAUCCAAUGUCACGUCUACACGUUUGUCUCCAUUGUGUUUAUAUGGGUUGUUGGCGCAAAGGGCACAUGUUGGAUCAUUUGAAAGAAAAGAAACACAUGUUAGCCAUGGAUUUUACCCAUCGAACUCUUUAUUGUUAUGGGUGUGCCGACUAUGUGUAUGAUCUUGAAUUGGAAGAUGUGAUAGUGAGACAAGAGAUGAUUAGAUACGAAUCUAGUAAAAAACGAAGCCGGGUGAUGUAUACUAGCUGGGAACCAACUGAGCAGGAAGCAUCAGAGCUUGUUCAGAAAUCAUUGCUUAUAUCUUGUCAGGGGAUCCGUGGACUGUGCAACAUGGGAAAUACUUGUUUUAUGAAUGUCAUUCUCCAAAGUCUUGUCCACAACCCACUUCUCAAAGCUUAUUUUCUCAGUGAUCGCCACAAUCCUAAAUAUUGUGACAAUAAGUAUUGCAUGUGCUGUGAGAUGAACAACCUCUUUAAACAGGCAAGUAAUUAUUUAUUUUGUUUUAUUUAUUCAUCUGAAAAAGGGCCUUAUGGACCCUGCAGUUUCCUGAUGUCCAUGUGGAUGAGUCUAAAGGAGCUAGCGGGCUAUGCACAGCAAGACGCUCAUGAGUUUUUUAUCAGUGCGCUGAACAAUAUUCACGCAGGAUGUGAAGGAAACACCAUGGUUAGUUGUAAUUGUAUUAUCCACAAAACAUUUGCUGGCGUUUUACAAUCCAAUGUAACAUGUCUUGGAUGUGGCAAUGUUACGACAACGUAUGACCCCAUGCUUGAUAUAAGUCUAGGGCUUCGACCGGUAGAAAGAAAGAAAAAACAGGGUAACACCUUGAUGGAUUGUUUAGAUAGGUACACUCAGCCAGAAAAACUAGGUAACAAUGAAUACAGCUGCAGUAAAUGUGGCAAUACUUUCCAGGAAGCAACAAAACAGUUAUCGGUAAAGAGGAUGCCACCCGUAUUGAGUUUCCAGUUAAAGCGUUUUGAGCAUGGUGGUGCAGCCACAAAGAUAGAGACAAAGGUUAGGUUUCCGGUGGAGCUAGACAUGACUCCUUAUACAACCGAUGGAAAGAAAGACCAAAGCAGCAUAAACACUGCCAACAUGUAUACCUUGUUCGCAGUGGUAAAUCACCAAGGAAAAUUAGACACAGGCCAUUACACAAUGUUUGCCAAGCACCGUGGUGAGUGGUUCAAAUUCGACGACCAUAGUGUAACCUUGGCCUACCAAAAAGAUGUUCUGGACAGCAAAGCGUACAUGUGCUUCUACAUUAAAGAAUCUCUAGAGUACGAGGACUCGCAUAGAAACAACGAUUAA